AUGUCUCAGUUUUCAUCUCUGAUAUUUCCACCGCGUUUCUUCAAAAUUUUCUUCUUCGUCUUCUACUUUUCAUUUUUAGCCUAUGCCACUGUCCCAUCCUCCAAAACUUUCAAAUACAUCAAUGAAGGUGAAUUUGGGGAACUUAGUGUUGAAUACUUUGCAGAUUAUCGUGCCUUGCCCAUUUAUGCAUUACCCUUUCAACUUUGCUUCUACAACACCACCCCAAAUGCUUUCACCCUUGCACUACGCAUGGGCCAUCGUCGUUCCGAGUCCCUAAUGCGCUGGGUCUGGGCUGCCAAUCGUGAUAGGCCAGUUCAUGAAAAUGCAACCCUAAGCUUCAAGCGAGAUGGGAACCUAGUCCUGACUGACUUCGAUGGUACUAUAGCAUGGCAAACUGGCACCGCAAACAAGGGUGUCGUAGGUCUCAACUUGCUUCCAAAUGGUAAUUUGGUUUUGUAUGAUAAAAAGGGUAAAUUUAUUUGGCAGAGUUUUGAUCACCCAACUGACACACUCUUGGUCGGUCAAAACUUACGAUCCAAUGGUCCAAAUAGGCUUGUUAGUCGUGUCUCUAAUAUGGAUGGCUCCCAAGGGCCUUAUAGCUUUGUAAUGGAGCAAAGGUAUUGGGCUAUGUACUAUAUGGUUAAAAAUUCACCAAAGCCUUUGCUUUAUUACAAGUCCGAUGAGUUUGGAAAUGGGCAAGGUUCAUUGGCAAAUCUUAAUUUUUAUUGCAAGCCCGAGUAUGAACAGGCCUAUGCUUUUGAGGUAGGAUUUACUUACGACAUGAAAAACUCUACUAGUUCUGGCACUUAUAUUUUGACAAGGCCAAAAUAUAAUAGCACAUACUCAAUGCUACGCGUGGAAUCUGAUGGCAACUUGAAAAUUUAUACUUUCAAUGAAAAUGUGGUUUGGGGAGCUUGGGAGAUGACAUUCAAGCUCUUUGGUAGAGACAGUGAUCGCGAAAUUAGUGAGUGCAAGUUACCACAAAGAUGUGGUUCAUUAGGAAUUUGUGAGGACAAUCAAUGUAUAGCUUGCCCCAGGCCACAGGGGUUUUUGGGGUGGAGGAAGAGCUGUGCACCACCAGUGCUACCACCGUGCAAAGGCGGAGCCAAUUUGGAUUACUACAAAGUUGUAGGUGUUGAGCAUUUCUUGAAUGGGUAUAAUGAAGGAGAGGGCCCCAUGAAGUUGGCUGAUUGCAGGAAUAAGUGCAACAAUGAUUGUGGGUGCUUGGGAUUUUUCUACAAAGGGGAGUCUUCGAAGUGUUUGUUGGCUCCUGUGCUUGGUACUUUAGUCGAGGUUUCCAAUUCUUCACAUGUUGGCUAUAUCAAGAUGUCCAAGUAG